CUCUCAAAAGAAUGAAAAAUGUUAAAAAAAUAAUUAAAAAAAAAAGCAGUGGAAGGUCCCACAGGAGUUAUCUAGGCCUUCGCACACUACACUGGAAAACCACUGUGCCAUCACUGACUAGGGAGUUUAUACACCUCUGCUGGAACAGGUUACCAGUUCUUCGAGGCUCCUUGUGGCUACCUGUAUAUUGUAGUCACGGCUUUAAUUGUUGGGAAAUCCUUUCUCAUACUGUAACUUCUACUCUUUGGUCCCUGUUCUGCUCUCUGAACAAAUAUUAUCUGCAUCUGUUCCCACACGGCAGCCCUUCAGAUACUUGAGGCCAUUGUGGUCCGAGUUAAGAUUUUUAUUCUCCCUUCCACCUCCACACCCACAGCUCCUUUCUUGCUUCUUACUGAGCAUAGUCCUGUACUGUUCUAGUUGCCUUCCCCCGGGGAAGAGCUGAAGUUGGCAGGUCCUGUUUAGAGUGUGCUACUUAGAAUGGGACACUGUUACCCUGCGGUCUGAUCAGGAAAGACGCCAACGAGCCACUUACUCCCUUCCUCUCAUCUGGAUGCUGUGCCGCAGUUCAUUUCUACGGAGAGGCCCCAAAUUCCCUCAUUCUUUUGAUCCCUACGUCAAACUUCUACUUGAUGCCAUGAAGCACUCAGGUUGUGCUGUUAACAAAGAAAGACACUUUUCUUGUGAAGACUGUGAUGGAAAUGUCAGUGGAGGUUUUGAUGCUUCAACAUCUCAGAUUGUUUUAUGCCAGAACAACAUCGGUAAUCAGGCCCAUAUGAACAGAGUGGUCACCCAUGAGCUCAUUCAUGCGUUUGAUCACUGUCGUGCUCACGUCCACUGGUUCACCGAUGUCAGACAUUUGGCCUGCUCGGAGGUUCGAGCUGCUAACCUUAGUGGAGACUGCUCACUUGUGAAUGAAAUAUUCAGGUUGCAUUUUGGAUUAAAACAACACCAUCAGACUUGUGUGCGAGACAGAGCCAUUCUUUCUAUCCUGGCUGUUAGGAAUAUCAGCAAAGAAGUAGCUCAAAAGGCCGUUGAUGAAGUUUUCGAGUCUUGUUUCAAUGACCAUGAACCUUUUGGAAGGAUCCCACAUAACAAGACUUAUGCAAGAUAUGCUCAUAGAGACUUUCAAAACCGUGAUCGGUAUUACUCAAAUAUAUGAAGACAAUGACAUUUUAUGUUAUGGAGCUUCUGUGAUCAUGAAGAAAAUACUGUUCUCAAGUGGACAAAUAUAUGAAAUGUAAAUGAUCAAUUAAAUACAUUUAAAACACAGAAGAUGCUGAUUCUAGCGUAUGUUCAGAAAAAGUGGCUGUGGUAAAAGUGAAACUGCCUUAAACUCCAAGGCAAAAAUUGUAACUUUACAGUUAGCCAUUUGGUAAAUAAGGCAAAUAAAUUACAUUCUUGUAUUUUCUA